AUGGUUUCUCAUAAACAUAACCGAACAAAUAAUAAUAAAUAUAAAAAUCAAUAUACUAUUAUCUUUAUAAUUGUAAUAGCCUCUUUACUAUAUUAUUUUUUAUCUUCAACAACUACAACCACAACUACAUAUUUACAACAACAGCAAAGGGAACAAGAACAACAACAACAACAACAAGAACAACAAAAUACUUUUAAACCAUUAAAUAAUAAUAGUAAUAAUAAUAAAAAGGAUAAUAAUAAUAAUAAUAUUAAUAAUAUUAAUUUAUUAAAUAAUAAAAAACAAAAAUUAAAAGAUAAUAAUAAUAAUAAUAAUAAAAUUAAAGAAGAAGAGGAUAUAAAUAAAAAUAAUAAUAUUAUAGAAAUGAGUUCAAGAAUAGUUAGUAAAGUUAGUACUGGAAUGAUGACUUCAGAUGGAGCUGGAGUAAAAUUAAGAAGAAUUAUUGGUGGACCAAUAAGUGACUUGGAUCCAUUUUUAUUAUUAGAUGAAUUUAAAAGUGAUGAUCCAAAUCAAUAUAUAGCAGGAUUUCCAUCACAUCCUCAUAGAGGAUUUGAAACUGUAACAUAUAUGUUAAGAGGUACUAUGGAGCAUAAAGAUCAUAAACAUAAUUAUGGAUUAUUAAAAGCAAAUUCUGUGUCAUGGAUGUCGGCUGGUAAAGGUAUAAUUCAUUCAGAAAUGCCAAUUGUUGAUCGUGAUAAGGUGGUUUGGGGAUUUCAACUCUGGGUAAAUUUACCAAAAUCUCAUAAAAUGAUGGAACCACGUUAUCAAGAUAUUCCCGCUAAAGAUAUACCUGAAGUUGAUGAACAGGGUGGAGGUAAAACUAGAAUUAUUGCAGGUGUUUAUAAAAAUAUUACAGGUCCAAUCGCUGGAAUCGUAACGAAUCCAUUAUAUUUAGAUGUUAAGUUAUCACCAGGUUCAACAUUUUCAGAAGAGAUUCCAAAUGAUCAUCAAGCUUUUGUUUACGUUUUUGAAGGGUCUGCUAGAUUCGGUCCAAAGGCAAAAGGAAAAGAAGUUAAAACCUCACAAAUUGGUAUUUUACAAGGUGGUCAGGAUAGAAAUAGAAUCGAUGUUAUCGCUGGUGAUUCAGAUCAAGGUGUACGUUUUUUAUUAGUAGCUGGUAAACCAUUGAAUGAACCCGUUGCAAGAUAUGGUCCUUUCGUUAUGAAUACUGAAGCUGAAAUUCAACAAGCUUUUAAAGACUACCAAGCUGGAAGAUUUUAA